AUGCCUUUAACAGUAGGUGAAAUGGACACCAAUAAUACUUUGCAUAUCCUACAAACAAAGGAAUGGCUCACAACAAUUCAUAUAUCAAAAUGCCUUUCAUGUAGAGAGAAAACAUCAACCAUUCUUAUAGCCGCAAAGAGAAUCAGCUUUUCAAAAACAUUGGGUAGGCAGUUGUAA